AUGGGUUUCAGUGAAUAUGGUCCAUACUGGCGGCAUAUUAGGAAGUUGUGCACGCUGCAGCUUCUUUGUCCAUCAAAGAUUGAGGCUUUUGCUCCAUUGAGGAGAGAAGAGGUGGGUUUGUUGGUUGAGUCGCUGAAGAAAGCCGCAGCGGAGGGCCAAGCGGUGGAUCUUAGUGAGAAGGUUGGUGAGCUGAUUGAGGGCAUAACGUAUAGGAUGGUGCUGGGGAGCAAAAAUGAUGAUACGUUUGAUGUGAAGGGAAUUAUUGAGGAGAUCAUAUUGUUGACAAGGGCAGUCAACAUUGGUGAUUAUUUGCCUUUCCUCAGUCCAUUUGAUUUUCAGAGGCCGAGACACCGGAAACUGCCUCCUGGUCCUUGGGCGCUGCCAGUCAUUGGUAAUCUCCAUAUGUUAGGCAACCUCCCACACCGCAGCCUUCGAGACUUGGCCAAAAAUUAUGGACCCAUAAUGUCCAUGCUUCUAGGCACCAGAACCACAAUAGUGGUCUCAUCCCCUGAAGCUGCAGAGUUAUUCUUGAAAUCCCAUGACACCAUUUUUGCCAGCCGCCCCAAAGUCCAAUCCUCCGACUACUUGCUUUACGGCUCAAAGGACAUGGCUUUCAGUGAAUAUGGUCCGUACUGGCGGCAUAUUAGGAAGUUGUGCACGCUGCAGCUUCUUUGUCCAUCAAAGAUUGAGACUUUUGCUCCAUUGAGGAGGGAAGAGGUUGGUUUGUUGGUUGAGUCGCUGAAGAAAGCCGCAGCGGAGGGGCCAAGUUGUGGAUCUUAG